GGAGGCAGUCGGUCCUGAAGCAGAGCUCUGGAUGGGCGUAGCGGGUCCGGGCCAUGAGGAGAAUGUCCAUCCGAGGAACCGCUAACGUGGGCCUGGGUGCGGCUCAGAGGGGGUUCUGCGUUGCUGCAGCCGUGGAGGACGGCAAGGUCCGAAGCGUGAGGAACGGCCGGGUGAGGAGCUUCCAGGAAAUCCCUCACACCGGCAGGAGCGGCUGGGUCAACCUGCUCCGGUUCUGGAGGGAGGACCGGUUCCGGCAGCUGCACAAGCACAUGGAGAGAACCUUCAGCGCUCUGGGCCCCAUCUACAGGGAGACCGUGGGAACCAUGAGCAGCGUCAACAUCCUGCUGCCGGCCGACGUGGGCCAGCUGUUCCAGUCCGAGGGCCUCCACCCCCGCAGGAUGCUGCUGCAGCCGUGGGCCACACACCGCGAGAUCCGCCAGCACAGCAAAGGAGUCUUCCUCAAGAACGGCGAGGAGUGGCGAGCCGACCGCCUGCAGCUCAACAAGGAGGUGAUGAUGAGCGCCGCCGUGCAGCGCUUCCUGCCGCUGCUGGACAACGUGGCCCAGGACUUCUGCCGGAUGCUGCAGGCCCGACUGGAGCGGGACGGCCGGGGAGAGGAGGGACGACGGAGCCUCACCUUUGACCCCAGUCCGGAUCUGUUCCGCUUCGCUCUGGAAGCCAGCUGCCACAUCAUCUAUGGAGAACGGAUCGGCCUUUUCUCCUCGUCGCCGUCUCUGGAGUCCCAGAAGUUCAUCUGGGCCGUGGAGCGGAUGCUGACCACCACCCCCCCACUGCUCUACCUGCCCCCCCUCCUGCUGCACUACAUCAGCGCCCCCCUGUGGACGCAGCACGCCACCGCCUGGGACCACAUCUUCAGCCACGCCGAGGCGAGGAUCCAGAGGGGCUACCAGCGCCUGUCGUCCUGCCCGGGUCGGGGCUCUGCGGCUGGGCCGGCUGGAGGCCCGUACCCCGGGGUUCUGGGGCAGCUCAUGGAGAAAGGGAAGCUGUCUCUGGAGCUGAUCAAAGCCAACGUCACUGAGCUGAUGGCCGGAGGCGUCGACACGACAGCGGUUCCCCUGCAGUUCGCUCUGUUCGAACUGGGACGAAACCCGGAGGUCCAGGAGCAGGUGCGGCAGCAGGUGCAGACGUCGUGGGCGCAGGCCGGUGGUGAUCCUCAGAAGGCCCUGCAGGGGGCGCCGCUGCUCAAAGGAACCAUCAAGGAGGUGCUCAGGUAUAGAAACACGGUUCCUCCGUCUGCAUUGGGUCGGCUGUCGGGGAGCGUGCUGCUGAGCUUCCAUCUCAGCGUUUCGUCUUCAGAAGAUCUAAAAACCACGGUGACCCUCAUCCUGCAGCCCGAGGUCGCGCCCAGGAUCACCUUCAGCAGGCUGUGAGGGAAGAGCGCCACCGUCUGGCCGGUUUACUCCCAUCGUUUAACCUGCAGAGCUGCGUCCCGUUCAGCGUUGUCCUUCCUGCAGUCGGUCAUAAUAAAGCUGAACUCCCCUCUCCUG